AUGAACUCUGAGUCCCGUCAACAAACUACUCGAAACGAAUGCCCAUGCGCCUUCUUCAAUGACGGCCACGUCGUUUAUCGCACGGAUGUUGAGCAACGGCCCAUCCAACCAGAGCACAAGUUCGAUUUCGAGUCUGGGGAACCCCAAUAUCCUUUGCUGACCGGGUUCGGCCGAGGUGCAUUUCCCGAGGCUUGGGAGGCGCAGGGCGGGGCCAUCCGUGCUGAGACUUCCCGGAUCCUCACAAAAUGCCGGGUGGAUGUUAACGCGCUGCAUCCCGCCUCCUAUCGACACGAACAUGCGACGCCACCUGCACCCCAAGAGCUGACGACACCAACCACCUAUCUCUUCAUCGGCGUUCGCACAGACUCGUGUCGCGCGGGGCCGGAAAGGGACAAUGCUGUCCGAGCCGCUGAUUCAAUUCAUGCACUGUUGCUGGAGAAGGGCUUCGAUGUUCCUUGCUUGGUUUGCGAGAAUACCACUUGGCCGUAA